AUGGGAGGAGAGAAUCCAGGGAAUGAAGUCAUCCGAGAGAGACAGACGUACUUAAUUGUAUGUGAAGCUUGUACGCUUAUCCCCGUCCCCCGAGUAGGUCUGGAGAAAGCGGAGGCUCUGCCCGUGUCCGACCUGCCUUUAAACCUUUGUGCUCUGCGGAACCGGCCCCCGCUCUCUGCAGUGAUGCGCGUCGCUCCUGUACCGUCGGACUCUGAGGAAAGGGCUGUUACCGACCCCCUUUGCUCACAGGUCCUGUCCCAGCUCACAGUCCCGCUGCGGCUGCCAGCAAACGCAACGAGAGAAGGGGACGCGGUGUCCUACGUCCUCAGGAUUGAGGGGAGGCCGUACACCAUUCACCUGCGGCAGCAUGUCUUUUUAUCUGAUGAUUUCAGGAUUUACGUGUCUAAUGAGAAUGGAUCUUUGCGCUCUGAUUCAACCCAUAUCAAGGGAGGCUGCCACUACCGGGGGUACAUCGACGGUUUCCCCAGCUCGGCAGUGACUCUCAGCACCUGCUCGGGGCUCAGGGGCUUGCUGCAGUUUGAGAACAUCAGCUACAGGAUUGAGCCCCUGGGUUAUUCUCCUUCCUUCGAGCACUUUGUGUAUCAAGUGAGUGACGAGAAGAUGGCAGGUUCCCUCUUGGCCAACAGCAACCCGAGCGAGAACGGGCUGACAGCAGAAGAGAUGUGGAGCAAAACAGAUGGAGAUGUUGAACCACUGUCACCUGCAGCACGAUCUCCCAAAUACUUCAAAGUGUACGUAAUUUUGGACAAGGCUUUGUACAACUAUAUGGGUUCAGACACAAAUGCUGCAACGCAGAAGAUAAUCCAGGUCUUCAAUUUAGUCAACAGUAUGUUUAAUCCUCUUAAUGUUACCAUUGUGCUGUCCUCCCUGGAGCUGUGGAUAGAGGAGAAUAAAAUAUCGACAGCAGGGGAAGCGGAUGACCUUCUACAGCGAUUUUUACAGUGGAAACAGUCCUCUCUCGCUCGGCGGUCAUAUGACAUAGCUUAUCUAUUAGUGUACAGGGACCAACCAACGUUUGUGGGAGCAACCGCACCGGGGUACCAAGGGACCGUGACGCUGGAGUCCUUCUCCAUUCUCCUGGCCCAGCUGCUGGGACGCAGCCUGGGCAUGAGCUACGAGGACUCCCGAGACUGCCGCUGCCCCGGGCGCGUGUGCCUCAUGAGCCCGGACGCCUUACGUUUCAGUGGGGCAAAAGCCUUUAGCAGCUGCAGCAUCAGGGACUUUGAAGCCUUCCUGAAGCACGAUGGAAGCGCCUGCCUUUUCAAUAGACCCAGCUUGACCGGACUGUCCUACCAGAGAGCGACCAUCUGUGGCAACGGUGUCGUGGAGCCCGGCGAGCAGUGUGACUGCGGGGUGGCGGAGGCAUGCUUGAAGGAUAAAUGCUGUACUGAAACGUGUCAGUUUAAGCCGGGAGUGAAAUGUUCCUCUGGAUUAUGCUGCAAUGAAUGUCAGUUCAAGCAGAAGAACUGGCAGUGCCGUCCUGCCGCCGAUGUGCAGUGUGACCUGGCCGAGUUCUGCAAUGGGUCCUCCGCGUCCUGUCCCCCCGACCUGUACGUGCAGGACGGGCACAGCUGUGAGCAUGGCACCGGCUACUGCUACAAGGGACGCUGCCAGUCUCCGGACCUGCAGUGCCGAAGGCUCUACGGGAGAGGUUCAAAAAAUGCUCCUGUGGCUUGUUACGAGGAACUCAAUAGUCAGCGGGACAGAUUUGGACACUGCGGGUUCCAGCCCAGACAAGGCUAUAAGUCCUGUGCUUGGAGGAAUCUCAGAUGCGGAAAGUUAAUCUGCACGUACCCAUACAGCACUCCGUUUGCAUCAGCCGCUGCUGCUGUUCUUUACGUCCAAGUACGCGAGCAUUUAUGUGUAUCUUUGGAUUAUUUGAACGCACCGGCAAGGCUGGAUCCUCUUCUGGUUCCGCCAGGUACAAAGUGUGGUUCUGAAAAGGUGUGUAUAAACAACACUUGUCACCCACGUUCAGUCCUGGGAUAUGACUGUGACAGCAAAGUGAAGUGCCACGGCCACGGCGUGUGCAAUAAUAAGGGACAUUGCCACUGCCACCCUGGCUGGAAGCCCCCCGACUGCGUACAGAAGGGAUCCCGCCUGGGGGGAAGUGUCGAUAGCGGCCUUCAGGUGACGGACGGUG